AUGUCACCGUCUGGUUCUUUCCCCCGUAGAGGAUCAUCAAUAGGUCGUAAACCUGGCCCUUUCACUUGUCCAACCCCAAUUAUUGAAAUUUCCGGAGUUAAUCCCUUUUUCUCAAAUAUUCGACAAAACAUAGAAUUAAGUUCUGGUAUAACUCAAACAAUACCUAUUCGAAUUCCUCAAAACAUUGAUAUUAAUGAAUCAAAAUUGCCUACAUUCAUUCGUAAUUUGAUUUCUAAUGAGGAGGGAAAAACAAUAUUAGCUGAAGUUUUUCAUGAUAUCGAACGAGCUGAACAAAGGAGAUUACAAUCUUUAAUGCUUCUUAAUUCGAAUCAAGCUACAUCGGAAAGUCCCUUCAGUAUAUCUGCCGGAAUGGAAAAAGGUACAAAGAAUAGAUACAAUAAUAUUUGGCCAUAUGAUCAUGCUCGCGUCAAAAUCGAUAAUUGGAAAGAUUGUGAUUACGUGAACGCUAGUUACGUCCAAGCUGAUGGUUGUAAUAAGCGUUAUAUCGCCACACAAGGACCAUUGCCUUCUACUUACCAAGAUUUUUGGCAAGUUAUAUGGGAACAAAAUUGUCGUGUGAUUGUAAUGUUGACAAAAGAACAUGAAGCUGGAAGGAUACAAUGCGAUCGAUACUGGGGAGAAUGUAGAAUAACGCCAUGCCAAUUUGGAACGUUGGACCUUCUUUUUAUCUCUGAACAUACACCAAAUGAAGAAAAUGGUUCAACAGAUAAUAGUAUUAUCAUUCGUAAAUUUAGUUUGUCUCAGAGAAAUCACCCAGAAUUACCCGCGAGAGAGAUCACCCAAUUACAUUUUCUUGGUUGGCCGGAUUUCGGAAUUCCAAAUUCACCACUAAAUAUUUUAAAUCUCAUAGAAACUGCAAAUUCAACUUUACACCACGCUGCUCAACAAUGUGAACCAUUUCAAAAAAUUGGACCUAUGGUUGUCCAUUGUUCUGCUGGUUGUGGUCGUACGGGAGCGUAUUGUACCAUUGAUACCGUCCUUUCCAUGUUUGCAAAUAACAAAAAUCUUGAUACUAAUAAAGAUAUCAUUCAAGAAACAGUUGCCAAAUUCCGUGAACAGAGAUUGAGCAUGGUACAAACGCUUAGACAGUAUGUGUUUUGUUAUGAAGCUGUUCUAUGGAAACUUAUAGGUGCGGCAUAA